AUGCGGAGCGCUCAGAUCCGAUGCGUCGUGGCCCGCGCCCUGAUCCUGGCCGGCCUCUGGCUGGCCACGGCCGGGGGCCCCCUAGCCCUUUCAGACGCUGGGCCGCACGUGCACUACGGCUGGGGGGAGUCCAUCCGCCUGCGGCACCUGUACACCUCCGGCCCCCACGGCCCGUCCAGCUGCUUCCUGCGCAUCCGCGCGGACGGCACGGUGGACUGCGCGCGGGGCCAGAGCGCGCACAGUUUGGUGGAAAUCAGGGCAGUCGCUUUGCGGAAAGUGGCCAUCAAAGGUGUGCACAGUGUCCUGUACCUCUGCAUGGGAGCCGACGGCAGGAUGCUGGGGCUGCCUCAGUUCUCGCCUGAGGACUGUGCCUUUGAGGAGGAGAUCCGCCCCGAUGGCUACAACGUGUACCGGUCCAAGAAGCACCAGCUGCCCGUGUCCCUGAGCAGCGCCAGGCAGAGGCAGCAGUACAAGGACAGGGGCUUUCUGCCGCUGUCCCACUUCCUGCCCAUGCUGCCCAGGAGCCCGGCGGAACCGGAGCCCGCGGAGGACCGCCUGGAGCCUGACCCGUACUCUUCGCCCCUGGAGACCGACAGCAUGGACCCGUUCGGGAUUGCCAACAAGCUGAGGCUGGUGCGAAGCCCCAGCUUUCAGAAAUAA